UUAUUGAAAUAUUUUUAAAAAUAGGAGGGUGGCAGGGUUACUACUUAAUGGAAUAUUUUUCAACAAAUGAGGGUUACUACUUAAUGGAAUAUUUUUCACCAAAUGAGGUAGGCAGGGUAAAAAGUGUGAGGUUAAUUUCUAAAAGAAAAUUUUUAAAUUAUGAAAAGCCAAAUGUUAAAACGGAUUUUAAAAUAUUUAAAAGUUAUGAGUGGGUAAUUACAUUUAAAAAACUAAAAUUAUAUUAA